UCGCAAUAUAGAUCUUUUAGUUUCUUGAAACUUCUAAUUUUUAAUGAAAAAUUAAGUAAUUUUUCUCUUUUCAAUGCAUCUCAAAUUAUGAACAACUUUGCUUAUGUUAUGAAAGUAGAAAGAGAAGAGAAAAGAGAAAGUAUAUAUUGAAUUGAAUAAUGAAAUACAAGAAGCAUGUAUUUAUAGGCUGAGAAGAAACGUAGAUAAGUAUAGAAAAGGAGAUAAAGAUACAUCAGAGAUAAUUAUAGAAAAAGAGAUGAGAUACAUCUAUAAUACAGAUAGAUAAUUAUAAAACAAUCAUAUAUAUAUAUCUAACAGCUUAUCUUCACAAAUUUAUAUUUGUAAUUACAGUUCGUCCUGAGAAAUUUGCUAAAAUAAUUCUCUUUUUCUUGUUUGUUGGGUUCAUUUAACAGUUUUUUUCUUAUUAGUAUUUUAUUGACAAUUUCUUGCAGAACCAAUUACUUGCAAUGAAUUACAUACAUGAGGGAACAGAUGAUAACAUAUGGGUUAAGAACAAUUUUAAGUUGAAAGAUUACUCAAUUAAUGAUAUUCGUGUCAAUCUUUAUCAAGUGAGAAUUGGCAACUGAAUCAUAAAACUGAGGCAGCAGUGGGAGUGUUGGUUGCUGUUUUGUUCUGUUAAUGCUGGUGCUAUUUUCUUUUUAUUGUUUUCUGUUGGUGUCUUGCCAACAUUUAGUGUGUCAACCUAGUUGAGAUAUGUUCCACUAGCAAUGAUGCAAUGUUAUCACCAAACUACUGGAUUUGAAAACAAUUCAAAUUUGCAGAUGUUAUAAUAGCGGUUAGUGUUUUGAUAAUGAUACUUCUUCAACUCCGGCAACGUUCACGCAUUCCAUAGCUAUAGCAAACAUGCAAUUUCCAACACAUUCUGUAUUGAAUAAUUGCAUACCAUAGCAAAUAAUAAAGCCUUUUGUCUUGAGUACAAUUCUAUAGCACAAUAAAUGUGUUCUUUAAUACUAUCAACUAUUCUCUUAGCCCUUCUGUCUCUUUCUAUCCAUGCAGCUGUAACAGCUUUAAUAAAAGACCUUAUUCUAUCCUUUUACAAUUGUUUGAGGAGCAAAAACUAACAAAAUAGUUACUAAAGCUAGACACAGCUUAGUUGGGCCAAUUGUAGAAGACUUGCAUAGUGCCUAUCCAGGCCUAUUCAAUUCAGGAAUAAAGGCUAUUUCUCAUGAAUGAUGCAAGACAACAUGCUGCUGUCCUCUUCAAGUCUUUUGUUGGCCUUGGUUGGAUUCUGUUCCACUUAUUUUGAAGAAGCUCUACUUCUGUAUAGAUUGUACCUUCUUUACUUGAGUAAGAUAUAUGUGUGUGUGCGUGUAUAUUCAGUUUGGUUUGGGACCUUGAGUAAACUGACCCUGCAAUCCAUAGCCAAACAGCCUUUUUUUUUUCUUUUUUGAAGUCAAACUUUGAACUGGGAGAAAAAUAGAAGCACUGAUGAACAGAGCCAAAACAAGCCAAUCAGGUUUUGGUUCAUAUUCUAGCUUUCACCAAGAAUAUGUAGAAUGUGGCCCUUGUAGAGCUAUGACGAAUCAAGAGUUAAUAGAUAAUGGAAAUCGGACGAUGGAUGAGGCUGAUCAAGCCAUUGAUAGGUCAAAAAAGGUUGUCCAUGACACAAUUAAUGUUGGAACCGAUAGGGCAGCAGCUCUGAAGGCACAGUUACAUUGUUAGACUAAUUUGAGAAAGAAAGUUGACAGCUUCUAAAAUUUAGGUGUGAGAAUUGAAGCAUCAUACUUCUUUUAUGUUUAGACUGAACAAAUGAGUAGAAUUGUUAAUGAGUUGGACUCUGUCCAUUUCUCGAUCAAGAAGGCUUCUAAAUUGGUGAAGGAAAUUGGUAGGCAGGUCAAUCUCUAAAUUAUUCACAUCUCUCUUCUCUGAUGUAAUUAAUUAUAUUGUAAAUGAUUUUUUCUUGGUUUUCUUUUUGCAGAUGCAACCCUUUUGAGUACAUGAUGAUAUUUUCACAUAUCGAUAUUGGAACUUAUACUCUUAUUUAUGUAUUUAUUGAAAUAAAUAUCCAAUGUUUUGCAUUUUUUGUAAGCUUAAAAUUAAUUAUAUUGUAAAUUUAUUUAUUUAUAUUU